UGCAGCAUCGGCUGAAAACAGGCGCGAUACUCGCGUUUCUGGGAGCCGCACAAGUGAAGCCAAGCACAACGGGUGGCACAACCAUAUCGCAACACCCAUUCUAGCCAAGGCAAUGUCCCCCAUCUCGCCGAGAAUAGCAACGGCGCCUCUGCUGCGCCGCCAGGUCGUCACCACGGCGCCGGACGACCGCCAGGGCCUCGACCCGGGCGCUAUAGCCGGCAUCGUCAUCGGGUCCAUCGUCGGCGUUCUGCUCGUCAUGUUAGUAGCUGUCCUCGGCCCUCACCCGCCCAGAAACACUCAACAGCAAGACCCAGAAACCCCGGUCACACCCUGUCACCCCCUGAUCCCGUCCUCUAACGUUAUCCCCGUCGCGUACCCGCACAGCUGGAUCGUCCGUUCCUGCGCCGCCAACAGGCUGGGCUCUCCGCCCCAGCAGCGCGUCGGCCGCAGCGGCAGUCGGCCCCGGUCCCGGUCCAGGCAUUCCUCUUACUCGGUGUACCCGGAGGACGACUACCACCACCGCCACCACCAACAUCAUCGGCGUCACCACGACGGACACAGACACCAUAGCCAUAGCGCCGGACCCCGGCACCACAGCAGGCGUCGGUCGUCGUCUGGCUGGCCCGUCAUGGUCGAGACAAGAGCUCCGGCGCCGGUUUAUGUGUACGAAACCCGGAGGAGCCGAUCCCCAAGCGGUCAUCAUUGA